AUGAUGAUAAGGGUAUUUGUCCUGCUGGCCAUCUUUACUGAGACAUUGGCAGGCCCGUGUGCCCCAAAUAAAGCAGAUGUCAUUCUUGUAUUUUGUUACCCUAAAACUAUCAUCACGAAAAUACCAGAAUGUCCCUAUGGAUGGGAAGUGCACCAGCUGGCUCUCGGAGGGGUUUGUUACAAUGGAGUCCACGAGGCAGGUUACUACCAGUUCAUAAUCCCUGACCUGUCACCUAAAAACAAAUCCUAUUGUGGAACCCAGUCUGAGUACAAGCCCCCUAUCUACCAUUUCUUCAACCACAUUGUGUCUAACGACAGCACAGUGAUUGUGAAGAGCCAACCAGUGAAUUACUCCUUCUCUUGUACGUAUCAUUCAACCUACUUGGUCAACCAGGCUGCCUUUGAUCAGAGAGUGGCCACAGUACAUGUCAAGAACGGGAGCGUAGGCUCCUUUGAAAGCCAGUUGUCGCUGAACUUCUACACCAAUGCCAAGUUCACGACUAAAAAAGAAGCCCCUUUUGUGUUGGAAACCUCAGAAAUUGGGUCGGAUUUGUUUGCAGGCGUGGAAGCCAAAGGGUUAAGUAUUAGGUUUAAGGUCGUCCUGAACAGCUGCUGGGCCACACCUUCAGCAGACUUCAUGUAUCCCAUGCAGUGGCAGCUAAUUGGUAAAGGAUGCCCCACUGAUGAAACUGUUCUGGUGCAUGAAAAUGGCAAGGAUCACAGAGCAACUUUUCAGUUCAAUGCUUUCCGCUUCCAGAAUGUGCCCAAACUCUCCAAGGUUUGGCUACACUGUGAGACGUUUAUCUGUGACAGUGAAAAGUUCUCCUGCCCAGUGACCUGUGACAAAAGGAAGCACUUCCAUGAAGAGACCGGAGGAGUGUUAGUUGUGGAACUUUCUAUCCGUAGCCGAGGCUUCUCCAGUCGUUAUACUUUCUCAGAGAUUCUCUAUCACCUGAUCUUCAUGCUUGGCUUCUGCGCUGUGAUAGGAGACCACACGGCAUCUGUGGCCCCUUGACCCAAGGUCACCCUUUACUGAUGACAAAGUCAUGUUCAUUUCUGCUGCCAAAAGCAACAAAAGAUCCUUUUAUCAGGAAAGUGAAUAAAACUCGGGCAAGUUUUUGUUUCAGUGAUUUGUCCAACUUUCUCAGAUUUGGAGGGGUUUUGUUUGUCUAGCUGUUGUUCCCCAAUUUCUAUCUGUUGCUACUUCUUGGGGUUGAAAGGGGCUUUUCUAUUCAUUCAGUUCCUCUUCCUUUAAUUGGCAGAGGCUUUUUUCCCUUCUAAGUUGAAAAGUCAAGGGCUGCAGCAGAGUGCUUUGAAAACCAUGCUAAAGAUAACAGUGCACUGACCAAACAAAGCUGACCUUUUGAAGGGAAGUUGAAGGCCAUUCAUUUGAGCCAAUCCUAGUAAAGAAUACCUAAGAAAGGUCAGUUCUUCACAUAAACAUGAUGCUUAUCUAUGCAGAAUGGCCAGGUUUGGGCUUCUGACCUCUGAAAUAAAUGUGUGCCAACAAGGUAUAAAGCUAAUGGGCACUAUGGGAAAACCGGGGAUCUCUAGCCUUUUCUCAGCUUGGCCACAAAAUAAAUUCAUGGGCUCUAACCAUGAAGAGACUUCAGGCACCAUCAGUGAAUGGCUCUUUUUAUUAUAUUAAAGUAAUAUAGCACCUAGCAUAGUCAGCACUCAAUACUUAUUUGCUGAUCUGAAUGAAAUAGGAAUAGGAAUCCUUCUGCACACUUAUGUAUACAAAGUGCUUUCAGGAUGCCCCAGCUCAUUUGUGAAAAAUGAAACACCC